AUGGAGAUAAGUGGACUUGAUCUGACCACUUCAGCCUUUGUCGGCUUUUGCGUCAAGCCGCAACUUGAAUGGAGCCUUCUUACUAUAAUUAUUGAUUCGAUGCUUACUCUGCCAUUGAUGGGAACACUGGGUAUCGUUUGGGCUUUACAAAUCAAGAAAACUCUGCAGAAUUCUUCAUACAGCAGCCAAACUAAAGCUAUGCAACGUCGGAUGAAUAACCUAAUGAUGAUCCAGGAAUAUCGUUCUUUCUUCUUGAAUAGAUUCCAAAAGACGAAGAUAUUGAGAAUCAGUAGGAUAGAUUUGCUAACUCGAUCUCUGUAG